CCAAACUGACCAUAUCAGACGUCCACAGACUUGUCCAAAAAGGAUGCGUUGCCCCCCGGAGUAAACGGGAAAAGGGGUACAAGAUGUACCUCUCGAGUUAUAUUGACAAUUUUGAAGGUAAGUUCCAAACUGACAUCAGAAUACGUUCACAUUGUGCCAUCGCUAGGUAGCUAGCUUGGUUCAGAAAACUAGAGACAAAUCGCGCAGUUACUAGUUACUUUUCGAGCAUCAGGUUGUUUGAUCGACUGUACUGUGUUGAAAAGAAGUCCAGUGUGUUUUGAUUCACAUUACAUGAAUGACGUUGAAUGACGUCCAGGCGCAAACAUGAGAAGCCUCACGACGUCAGAGUAGGGUGGAAUACAUGUGUUUAAUCAGUUCAAGUUCAAGAUUCUGGGGUGUUUUUGUGGCUAUAGUUGGCGAUGUGGAUGUAGAACAACAAUAAUUCAUCUCGAGUCUGUUUAUUUUACUUAAACCUGAACUAUACUUGGACAUGAACACCCCAGAAACCGGUUGUUAUUGCUCCUGUUCUUUGGAGCAUACGUUUAAGUAUGCCUUUUCAUGGUGGGAACAUUUGUCAGUGUGAGGUAAGAGCUGAUUUUGUACCCUCAGUCUAGGCUAUCGUAAAUCCUCAAGUAAUGACAGAGAUUCAAUUAGAAAACAGGCUGUGCAGCCUAAAUAAAUAAAACCCUCUGGCCACAAUUGAGGAUUUACGGUAUACUAACCUGUUCAAUUCUGUACUGCUCCUGUUCUUUGGAGUACAAGUUUAAGUAGGCCUUUACAUGAUGGGUACAUUAGUCAGUGAGAGAUCACUUUUGAGGACAGCACUCAGCCACAGAUUCAAAUAGCUGCGGCUGAGUGUUCUUGUGUGGCUGGAACUGCUCUCUGCAAUCACAGUGUUGCACUGCUGUACCAGAGCACGAAAUACUCGGCAUUGCAACUGAAAGCAGUUCCGCCAGUCCUCAGCUGCACUGAAACUGAGCAGCAGUGGCAUAAGCCCCGAAAACUGGUUAGUACUUAAGAACUAAGGCUAAUCACAAAUUGUUAAUGUUAUAUGGAUUUUUGAAUUUGAUUUAAACUUUACCCGCUUUCUUGAUAGGGUGUGAAACCUGGCAGAGUGAGUAAUAUGGUAUUUGUCUCAACCAAACCAAAGUCGGGACAGUACACAGCUGCUGAUGGUGUGAGGAGCAAGCGCUACAAAGCAGUGCGGGGGGACUUGCCAGACCCAGAUAUCCUGAAGGUCGACGAGGCAUACCAGGACUUCAUGGCAGACCUUGCACCAUUAAUCACCACGCUCUCCAUAAGUCCUGGUGUCCCCCUUGUCAAUUCCACUUUUGGGAGCGUUCAAGAUGGAAGCCCUAUUUCUUAUCAGCACCCUGUGCCAGUGAGUAGGGUCAUCAUCCACCACCCAGACGCACCCUCUCCACCCCCACUGCCGUUACAUGGUCACAGGCUGGACCCAAGCACAUGUUCCUUUGUGUGCACUCACCAACAACAAUGUAAUGCAAUGGCGCUUACCAUCAAUUUCGACAUGGCAAGAUCCAUUGAGAGGGCCACAAGGGAACAGAGUGGUAGCGCAGAAUGGCACAGCCUGAGGAAGAUGAGGCUCACCUCCUCAAGGUUCCGGGAGGUGUGCCAUGUCAGAGGUCACAGCUCUGCUGAGAACCUUGCCGAACGUAUCCGCAAAGGUGGGGUUCAGACAGCUCUGAUGAAGAGGGGGCUUGCACUGGAGCCAGUAGCUAUUCAGGAGUAUGCCCACAUUAAAAACAUCAGCUACUGGCCAUCAGGAUUUGUCAUCCAUCCAGAUGCUCCCUGGCUCGGUUCUUCUCCAGAUGGGGUCGUUUUUGAUCCCACGGAGGCACCACCAUUUGGGCUGGUGGAGGUGAAGUGUCCUAACGUGAAGAGCUACGUGGACUGCGGGUACCUGCGCAUGCAGAAUGGCGCCCUCCGUCUGAAGCCAAGCCACAGCUACUACUGGCAGGUGCAAGGCCAGCUGCUUAUCACAGGGAUGCAGUGGUGUGAUUUUGUGGUUUUUGCAGAGGAUGAUGUUCUUGUGCAAAGAAUUUAUAAAGAUGCUGAGGUUGCCUGGGUCAUAAGGGAGAGGGUGGAUUAA